CAUGUCUCCUGUCUGUUUUUCCGCCUGCAGCUCUCUGGUGGUUGUGAGUUGACAGUCGUCCUUCAGGACUUCACAGCAGGAUGCAGCACGGAGAUGUCCGUCAGCACCGGCCAGACUGUGGAGCUGUUGGAGCGUCCGAGCGAGCGGCCCGGUUGGUGUCUGGUCCGAACUACCGAGCGCAGCCCACCACAGGAGGGACUGGUUCCCAGCUCCGCUCUCUGCGUGUCCCACUCGCGCUCCAGCGUGGAGAUGGACUGCUUCUUCGGCUCGGGGAAAGAAAACUAUCCUGUUAGCAGCUCUGACGGAAAGACGGAGUCUGUGGCGAACCUUCAGCCGCAGCCUUCCCUCAGCUCGGUGCAGUCCAGCUCUCCUGGUCCCAAACGCUCCGGGAACACUCUGAGAAAGUGGCUCACCAGUCCAGUGCGUCGCCUCAGCCACGGCAGCUCCGUGAAGAAACUCCCCAAUAACAAACAGAAGAAAACUGGAACAGGAAGAGAGGAAAGCAGGAAGAGUAUUGACUUGGGACAGCCCGGCCUCUCCCUGCAGGAUGACAUCAUCGAUGAGAGAUUCCGCAGUAAGGAUGGUCACCUCCUCUCUAAGACCCCCUCUGGGAUGCAGAGCGGCGGGGAAGAGGAGCAGGACGAGGAGCCCCACACCCCUCUGCCUCCCCCCAUGGAGAUCAUCAAGGACUCCUCAGCUCAGGACGACAAGUCUUCAUCCUUGCUAACGUCUCUGCAGUCGUCCUCUGACGUGCCCAGCGCUGCAGAGCUGGUUAGCGCCAUAGAAAAACUGGUUAAAACCAAGAUGACUCUGGAACCAGGAGCGUACCCCGGCUUCUCCUCUCUCUCUCCGCCGGAGCAAACCCCUCCCGUCCAGCCACGAAACCCUGAACUGGAGCAGAGAGCCAAAGCAAUGAGAGGACGGAUGUUUGUCCUGAACGAGCUGAUCCAGACAGAGAAGGACUACGUCAAAGACCUGGGCAUCCUGGUGGAGGGCUUCAUGAAGAAGAUCGAGGAUAAGGGCGUCCCUGAUGACAUGAAGGGAAAAGACAAAAUUGUCUUCGGGAACAUCCACCAGAUCUACGACUGGCACAGAGACUUCUUCGUAGGAGAGCUGGAGAAAUGUCUGGAAGACAAUGAGCACCUUGCUGAGCUCUUCAUUAAACACGAAAGAAGACUCCACAUGUAUGUGGUUUACUGUCAGAAUAAGCCGAAGUCAGAGUUCAUCGUAGCAGAAUACGACACGUUCUUCGACGCGAUCCAGCAGGACACCCAGUCCAGGUUGACCAUCAGUGACUUCCUCAUCAAACCAAUCCAGAGAAUCACCAAAUACCAGCUGCUACUGAAGGACUUCCAGAAGUACAGCUCUAAGGCCGGCAUUGACUGCGAGCAAAUUGAGAAAGCAGUAGAUUUGAUGUCUCAGGUCCCUAAACUGUGUAAUGACAUGAUGAACUUGGGUCGGCUGCAGGGAUACGAGGGUAAACUGACCUGCCAGGGCAAACUGCUGCAGCAGGAAACCUUCUUUGUAACAGAGCAGGACACCGGCGUCCUGUCGCGCUCCAAAGAACGCCGAGUUUUCCUCUUCGAGCAGAUCGUCAUCUUCAGUGAGCUCCUGAGGAAAGGAUCGUCCACGCCCGGGUACCAGUUCAAGAAGAGUAUCAAGAUAUCCUACCUGGGUCUGGAGGACAGCGGGGACAACGAUCCCUGUAAGUUCGUCUUGUCGUGUCGCGGCUCGUCGGAGCGCUUCACCCUGCAGGCCGCCAACGACGAAAUCAAGCAGGUCUGGAUCCGACACAUCCAAGACGUCCUGGAUGCUCAGAGCAACUUCCUGUCUGCUCUCCAGUCUCCCAUUGAGUACCAGAAGGAGAAGGGCGGAGCGGGCAGCAGCUCCUCACUGACCAGAAACCGCUCGAGCUCGGGGAACCGUCCCGCUGCGUCGUCCCACAGCCGCCCGUCCUCCGCGGUCGGCCUCGGCGACAAGGAGACGGAGAGAGGGAGGACUCAGAUGAAAGUGUCCACCUCCAACGGCGGUUCGACGUGUUUCGACUCCAGGGACAUUGAAGGCGGCUGUAACGGCGUCUCCUCCACCAUGUUGAUUUCUCAGGACUACUCUGCGCUCAAAGAGAACGAGAUCUGCGUCAGUCAGGGAGAGACCGUGCAAAUCCUGGCUACCAAUCAGCAGAACAUGUACCUUGUUUACCGGCCGGCCAACAGCCAAUCGCCUGCCGCGGAGGGCUGGGUGCCGGGACACAUCCUGGGCCCGCUCACAAAGUCCAUUAAAGACUCUUCUUCUACUUCCUCCUUUUCGGCAUCGGUGGCCGAUGCCAACAACAUCAAGAAGUCUCUGUCAUGGAACACACUGCGCGCCAGGAAGCGUGCCGAAGCCAAGGACGCCUCCUUGGUGGGGGUCAGAGGUCAGGAGAAUGGCCUCCUCCGUAAACCCAAAGAAACCACGCCGCCCCCUCCCACGCUCGCCUCCCCCUCCACCAGGGCAAAGGGCAAAGAUGUUCACACGUCAGAUGAAUCCGACUGUGAUGAUGACCUCGACCCAAAAACAGGCAUGGAGCUUCUCAACCCAAACUUCAUCCAGGAAGUGGCUCCAGAGUUCCUCGUCCCUCUGUCAGACGUGGUGUGUGCAUUCGGGGAGACUGUGGUCCUCUGCUGUAAAGUCUGUGGACGACCCAAACCCUCCGUCACCCUGAAGGGCCCCGACCAGAACCCAGUGACCAGCAACAACCGCUUCACCAUAGACAUUAGGGAUACAGGUGACAUCUUGUUGAAGAUCUGUAACCUGAUGCCUCAGGACACCGGCAUCUACACCUGCGUCGCUGUUAACGACCACGGCUCCGCCUCGUCCUCCGCCUCCAUUAAAGUGCAAGGUAUCCCAGCAGCCCCUGGGAGACCGGUGGCCCAGGAGGCCAGCAGCACGGCGGUGAUGAUCCACUGGCCGCCUCCAGCUUCCUCUGCUCACUGUGCUGCCAGCAGCUACACUGUGGAGUACAGACAGGAAGACUCGUUGCUCUGGCAGCAGGUGGCCAGCAGCAGAGAGGAGUGUGUUCAGAUCGACACUCUGAUCCCCGGAGGUCACUAUCAGUUCAGAGUGCGAGCCUCCAACCGCUGGGGGGUCGGCCCGCCAUCCGAAGCCUCGAAUAUGGUCACACUGCCCAGCAGCAACUCUGGCUUUGAUGGAACAGGGAUCCAGUGGAAAGAAAACUUUGAGUCGACCUUCUCUGAGAUCUGUGAGAUCGGAAGGGGACGAUUCUCAGUGGUGAGAAAAUGUCUCAACAAGUCUACAAAGAAAGAGGUUGCGGUGAAGUUUGUGAGCAAGAAGAUGCAGAAGAAGGAGCAGGUGGCUCAUGAGGCGGACGUCCUCAGACACGUACAGCAUCACCAGCUGGUGGCGCUGUUGGACACAUACGAGUCUCCCACCUCCCUGAUGCUGACCCUGGAGCUGCUGGAGGACGGUCGUUUGCUCGAUUACCUCGUCGCCCACGAUGAGCUGAUGGAGGAGAAGGUGGCGUUCUUCAUCAGAGAGACACUAGAGGCCCUGCAGCACCUUCAUACCUGCAGAGUGGCACACCUGGAUCUGAAGCCUGAGAACAUCAUGGUGGACCUCCACUCUCCCACCCCGGGCAUUAAGCUCAUCGACCUCGGCGAUGCCGUCCAGCUGUCGGCCCACCGCCGGUACGUCCACCUCUUACUCGGAAACCCAGAGUUCGCUGCACCUGAGCUCAUCCGUGGGACGCCGGUCUCUGUCGCGACAGACUUGUGGAGCGUGGGCGUGCUGUCCUACGUGAUGCUCAGUGGCGUUUCCCCGUUUCUGGACGAAUCACCGGAGGAAACCUGCGUCAACAUCUGCCGCCUGGACUUCUGCUUCCCGGAUGAAUACUUCCGCGACGUGAGCCAGGCGGCGAGGGAUUUUGUGUCCUCAUUGCUGCAGCAGGAUCCCAGGAAGAGGCCAAGCGUCACUUCCUGUCUGCAGCACCCGUGGGUGGGACGUGGGGGUGCACAUGGUGGGGAGUACUCCAAGACUCCCCUGGACACGACACGGUUGGCCACAUUCAUAGACCGAAGAAAACAGCUGCAUGACGUUCGGCCCAUCACUAAUAUCAAAGGGCUGGUGAGCAGCAGCAUGGGCAACACACUGUGACGGAGAUCCACCUGUGACCCCCCUCCCACAAUAACAAGACAAUAUCAUUUAGUAUUUAUUAAUGUGUGAGUGGGGAAAGGAUUUGGUGCCUGAAUUGUUCCUUUUGGUGCGAGAUGUAAUCUUCUUCAUGGACCAGUCACCAGAAGUUAUUGAUAUUUAAUUACUGACUAACACUUCAUAGAUCUGUGUUCACCUGGUAUCAAUCAUUCAAUAUAAAGCGGGUCCCAUACACUGCCUAGAACACCCCAUAAGAACCCAAAGAGAUGAACCUCAAAGUUGAGAAAAUUAGCAUUUAAAAAAACCACACUGUGAGCAGGCAUAAUAGCAACAUAUUAGUUUAUAUUUGUAGUAUUUAUUUUUCCAGGGACAGAUGAUAUAUUGGAGCUAAGAGUGUAGUCGUGUCUUUCACUUGGACCUGCAGACAGUUGUUGGUGCUGUUGCUCAGGAGCUCUGGGGCAGCACUGAGUCACUGCCAACCUGCAGAAUCACGUUAAUUGAAUGUGUGGUGAUCUGUUAAGAAGGCAAAGUAGUCCACAUCCUUACUUAUUGAAAACAAUAUAUACUGUACAAUGCUAUACCCCGCAGUUCUAACAAAAGUGAAAAAUAAUGUGUGCAUCUUCCCCGGUUCCAAAUGUAACACUGAUGUUUCACCAAGUUUCAUGGCAAUCGGGUCAAAUCCUGCUGACAGACGAAACAAACAGACAAAUCUCCACAUGGAAAAUAAUCGAUUAAAAAAAAAAAGGCAGAAAGCCAAAAACAUAUUGAACUCUUUCUUGUCCGGUUCGGUAAGAAGCAUAACGUAUGUCACCGCCGAGGACGUUUGUAUAAUGUCAAUACGUUACCUUUUACAUUUAAACCGCCAACAUGUGAAGCUUCUUGGGACUGGAUGCACCAGCACUGAACCCUUUGCGACGAUACACCUUUUCAUUUCUUGAAUGUUUGUUUUAAUGUCAGGACUGAAGUCGAGAGUGAAAUCAUAUUUGCAAAGGUUGAGCUGGAGCGGUGCGCGGUCUGGACUGAUCCAACCGGACUGAACAGCUGCUGGACUGAACAGCUGCUGGACUGAACAGCUGCUGGACUGAACAGCUGCUGGACUGAACAGCUGAUGGACUGAGCAGCUGCUGGACUGAGCAGCUGCUGGACUGAGCAGCUGCUGGACUGAACAGCUGAUGGACUGAACAGCUGCUGGACUGAACAGCUGCUGGACUGAACAGCUGCUGGACUGUGCAGCGGCAGAGAUGACCUUGUGAAUAGAUCUACGCCGGACUGAGCUGUCAUGAACUGGAUUAAAAUGUGCAGUUGUAGCGGGUAGCAUCAUGACAUGGAAGAGGACUACUGGAGCUUGCACAGAGAAGGCACCGUGGAGGAAACCGGACAUUUGUUCGUAUCACUGUUUACAAAUACUUUGUCCAAAAAAAAAAUGCUUAUGUAGUUUACAAACAAGGUAGAACAAUCAGGGAAAACCUGCAUGUAAAGUCACCAGGGACGGUUUAGAAAUCAGGUUAGAAGUCUGUCUGUUUCUUGAACAUUUUGGUGUCGAGGUGGGGAAAUGAAGUCCACCCUGAAAACGUAUCUGUUUGUACCAUUUGUCUAGCAGCCACUGUGGAAAGUUACUAACCAUCGUGUUUGGGUCCCGGUCAUUUGUCUUGUUCAAUAGUUCAUGAGGCUGCUGACUCGGUCUUGGGUUUAGACAGAAAAAUCUAAUUUACUGUCUUGUUUAUACUGAUGAAUGUAAAAAAAAAAAAAAAAAAAUGUAGAAUGUGUUCUGCAAGUGCUGUCCUCUGCUUUCACUUUCACAAUGCUCACUCACUUUGCAUCCCCACAUCCCUCCGCAAGCAUUUAGUGACAAUAGCAAGCAUUUAUUUCCGUGCCGCCGGGGAUGCAGAAUGGUGCAAAUGUAAGCUGGUACAUCUCCAUCCAAUGCAAAUGUGUAGGGUUAAUAGUUUGUGUUUUUCAGUCAUGAGAUCUAUUCAGGUACCAGUGACUCAGCAGAGUUCUGCCGAGUCAUCUCAGAUCCAUCUUCUCAGCGUGGACUUCUCUAUCCUGAAGGUUUAUCUAAUCAUCAAGCAUGGCAGCAAACUCUAAUCAGUACACGGCAUUACUUAAUAUCCAUCUCCUCCUAACACACGGAACAGCUUUGUGUUAAAUGGGUAAAAAUUAAUAUUUUUAAAAAGUACUUCCAGUUAACGGCGAACUGUAUCAACUAACUAGCUGAAACACUCAUUAAAAAAAUAAAUAAAUAGUAUAAUCAAUAUUAUAACAACGGUUGUGAUGUUUCAUCUCGGUCUUUGGAGUCUCAAAGGGUUAAAUAUUAGAUACAUAAUUAUCAUAUGAAUAAAUAUUGUGAAAUAAUCCACACAUAACUUGGUUAAAAUGGCAUUUUUUAAAUACAACUCAUAAAAACAGACAAAAGAAAACUGAUAAGCUUUGUUAUUGUGUAUUGUAUUAAUCACAUCAUACACAUGAUAUAAUUAUUUAUUUAAUAUUGGACACUUUGGGCCUCCACAUGCAACCUCAGCACCAGUUAGCUGGGAAAUUCAGAAAGCUCACUGCCUCAGUUCACGCUAACAAAAGUGCUUUUGCUGUACGAUGAAACAAAUCUUCACAGCGUUCGACUGUUGCUAACAACCCAAGGUAAUCCUGACUGCCUGUCGUAAGCAAAUGUACAUGCGUGUCGUUUUAUAACAAAAACAAUAAUGGAAAUCAUAUUGUUGAGGCUCAAAUGCAGAUUUCAGUUGUAGUUUGAGGAACAGCUACACGUCUCCUCUCUGUCAGAGUCCUUCAUUUGCUUUGUUUACGUUCCAACUGAAAAAGUAAAAGUCUUCGCUCUGCAUUGUAGUAUUUUAGCACUCAGGGUCUUCAUAAAGUAGAACCAAGCCUUCAAAACACACAUUUCAGCAGAACUGUCUUGUUAAAACGGUUAGUAAUAAUGUUUCCUGUGAAGACGACUCUUCAUCCGCAGCCUCUGGAGUGACAUUCGUUUUAAAUACCCGCACGUAUGGAAAUAUAAAAAAUGUGACGAUGCAGUAAUAGUGUACAGUAUGUAAAGUCUAAAGCCAGUACAGUUUGCAGUCCUGCUGCUGUGCAAACCUUAGUUUGACUCUGAGGAACAGAGCGGGAUCUGUUGGAGACCUUUUGUUUUAUUCAUUUUGUCUUUUAGGUUAUGGAUUAUUUAAUAUUUAUUUUGUCCUGUUUUCAUGUUUUUACCACGAAAUGCAUCAAAAAAACCAAAUCUGACCACAAACAGUUCAGCAGGUUGAGAUGUUUUCUAAAGGCCCGUGGUUGGAAGACGUAACAACCACAGAACUGUCGAGUAAAAGUCCUUCAUUAAUCAUUUUAAUUAUGUAAAAAGUACAAAAGUAUUGGCAUCAAAAUGUACUUCAAGUACCAAGACUAUAUUCUGAAAUGGGCCAUUCUGCACAUUAUAUUAUUGGGUUAUAAUCCUUGAUGCAUAAUGUGCUCAUCACUUCUACAGCAUGUGAUUUGAGACUCGGAUCUUCUCGUCCACACAGUUAAACUUCAGGCCGACUCUCCCGGUGUCAAUCCCACAAUGCAUCUGUCAUGGCUUGGUGAGCCGCGUAGCACUGUGGUGGCUCCACCCUGUUGAAUGCUCGCCUGUGCUGUAUCCUGAUAGUGUUCAUGCUGAGCUUUGUCCAUAGAGAGCGUUAUGCUGAUGGCUUCAUGUUGCUGUGUGAAGCAGCACACGUCUGUAUAGGCUGCCUCUUCUUACUCCAUACAACCUGCUGGUUUGUUACUCUUGUUUUACUAAUAAAGAACCUGCUUGUUUGUA